AUGGACAUGGAGGACAGUUCACUGGGGCUCGCUGGUGUCGACGAUUCCACUUCCAGUCUGCAUCUCUGGUCAAGGACGGUGAAGGGAGCUGCAAAAUGGGUACAAAGCAUGGUCAUUGACCUGGAGAAAGCCAUGCCCAUGGCCAAUCCCCGCGAAGGUGAUGGGGCAUAUGUGGUUGGUUUCACAGAGGGUGUCGGUGUCAUCUUCGUUAGAACAGAUGCUGGCUUAUUCACGCUCGAGCUCAAGUCCGGGCUGGUGAAGAAGGUUGAUGAAUUUGGGGUCUACUUUUCCGUUUUACCCUACAUGAGCUUCUACACUCCUGGUACGGUACCACCCGUUGAUUCUGUUGCCCUUUAUUUUACAGCUUCCAUAUGUUUGCUUACAUAG